AUUCCUAAGAUAUUUGGAUCACGGAUGGAGCUACAUUUGUUACUCACAAUCGGGUUCGGAGUUCUCUUUCUUGUUCCGGCACAAUGCUUUGAAAACCUUGCACAAAAUCCGAAAUUCCGUGGUUCGCCAUUACAGAGUUCUUCAUACCCCCACCCACAGGGCAGAGCUGAGAAUGCUGUGGACGGUUACUUACAGACAGAUGCCGGUGGUGUUUCUCACUGCAGCUUUACAGUGUUUUCAACCACCAUGAAAGUAGCAUUUUGGAAAAUGCCGCUCAAGGCCUUUGCUAAUGUGGCGUAUUUGCAAAUCCAUUUCCGCAAAUUUCAUCAAAAUCGACAAGUGGGAUUUUCAGCAUUUACUUAUUCCGGUUCCGAUUUUCUACCACCAUACGCAGGGAGUGGACCAGGAGUCCUUGUCUUUACUCACGACGCCACGACAUGUAUUCCAUUGGUUUUAAACAUAACUGUCAAUAAAGUGACGAAGGGGAUCGCUAUUUAUAACUCCAGAAUAAAUGAACUGCGGACGACUUGUAUCGGAUAUGACCCUAGUGCUGCCAACAUUGAAAUUUGUGAAAUGAUGAUCAUGGGAUGUGAAGAGAAACAUUAUGGAGAAAAUUGUAGAUCUUGCGAUUCAAAAUGCUUAGACAGCCAGUGUGAUGCAUUUGAUGGAUCCUGUAUCUAUGGAUGUCAUAACAGUUUGAAGAUCCCUCCUGAAUGUGAUGUUUGUAAAGGACUGUUGUAUGGAGAAAACUGUAAUGAGCCCUGUGGACAUUGCGUCAAUGGAAGUAAAUGUGACACGAAAGGUGUCUGUACCAAAGGAUGUGAACAUCAAUGGGCUGGACCCCAGUGUGACGUUUGCAGUGACGGAAUUUACGGACUAAACUGUGCACUACAAUGCGGACAGUGUAGAAAUGGUACAUAUUGCAACAAGAAAACUGGGAUAUGUCCGGAAGGGUGCCAGGAUCACUGGAGCGGAGACAAAUGUGACGAAUGCGCACCGGGGUUUUUUGGACCAAAUUGCAACGAAAAGUGUGCAGCUUGUAAGAUUGGUACUACUUGCAACAAAGUAACAAAGGUGUGUCCUCACGGAUGUCAAGAGCACUGGAGCGGGCCAUUAUGUGAUUAUUGUGAAACAGGUUAUUAUGGACCAAACUGUCUACAACAAUGUGGAAAGUGUAUGAAAGUGGAAGACUGCAACAGCACGUCUGGAAUAUGCGCGUCUGAUUGCCAGCAUGGAUGGAGUGGAGACAAAUGUGAUGAAUGUGCACAUGGAUAUUUUGGAACUAACUGUGAUGAAAGCUGUGAUCACUGUGCACCUGGUACUGAAUGUAACAAAACUACGAAAGUGUGUACUUCUGGUUGUGAGGAUCCGUGGAGCGGACCACUGUGUGAUGUUUGUAAAGAGGGGUUCUAUGGCCUAAACUGUUCACACGAAUGUGGAAAAUGUAAACUAAACACAACCUGCCACAACGUAACAGGUGUGUGCCUAGAUGGCUGCCAGGAAAAAUGGAACGGAUCCAAAUGUGAAGAAUGUGUGGAUGGACUGUAUGGCAAGGCCUGUGAAAUUACAUGUGGAUUGUGUAAAAUCGAAGAUUCCUGUGACAAAGAAAAUGGUUCUUGUCCAUCUGGAUGCCAGACUCACUUUAGUGGACCCCGUUGUGAUGCUUGUGAGAUUGGAUAUUAUGGAGAGAAUUGUACGGUACCAUGUGGAACUUGUGCAGGCAAAGUAUGCAACAGACUUAGUGGGGAAUGCAUUGGUGGAUGCCAGGAUGCAUUUACAGGGAUGAAAUGUGAUAAAUCAUUUGAGUAUUUGAAAGUUGAAAUGGUUUCGGGAUCAAAUAUCGGAAUCGUCGUUGCUGCGGUGAUUAUCGUUAUUGCUGUUCUGAUAUUCAUGGUCUAUACGUAUUUCAGAUAUUUUAGUCGAAGACAUGACCCCAGCAGAAGAUAUGAAGAAAAUACCGAACUAAAUACUGCACCAGACCAAGCAGAAACACCAGAACAAAUAGAGACAAAGACUUAAUGAGCAAACAGUCAAAUAAAAGUAGGAAGGAGACAGGAAGUGUCACUAAGUGGAGAACACCGGAAGUGCUACUAAAUGGAGAAGACCGGAAGAGUUACUAAAUGGAGAAGACCGGAAGUGUUACUGAAUGGAGAAGACCGGAAGUGUUACUAAAUGGAGAACACUAAAGGUGUUACUAAAUGACAAACACCGGAAGUGUUACUAAAUGGUUCUAAUUAUGCUUGCUCUGAAGAUUGUUUUCAGUAGUCACAACUUCAAAAAAAAGAAAACAUUUUGAUAUGAACAAGGUGAAAUUUUUCCUUAUUUUAAAUCACUCGGUUUACUUUUUCAUCGUUUUAGCACAUUUUCA